AUGUUUUACCCUUCAAACUGUUUUGAUAAAUAAUUUCAUUGACUAAUUUUCAAUAAGAUGUUUAAUGGUCUAAAAGCUCAGUCAUACAUAACCUUGGAUGACCUAGGGUCUUUAGGGAAUAUGAAGACAGAUGUUUAAGAUAAAAAGUCUGAGAUUUAGUAAUUGUCCAGGUGACAAUCCUCUAUUUAGAUUCUGUCCUAUUUUCUUCCAUUAACAUGUUUUAUUUAUCUUGUUGUUGAAAUUAACAGUACAUGUGACUCAGUACUGCUCCAGAGAUGUAAACUAUGCAAAACAUGUGUUUUUUUGUAGAACCAAGCAAAAAAAACAACCCUGCAGGAAAUACCCAUAACUCUACAGACAUCUUGUGUUGGAUUAUGACCGGACCCAGGAACCUGGAAUCACGGACCAAGCACAUCAAGGAAACGUGGGGCAAACAUUGCCACAAAAUGCUGUACAUGAGCUCAGUGAAGACAGAUUUCCCCACCGUGGAGCUGAAUGUGAGUGAGGGGAGGGAAAACCUGUACUGGAAGACCAUCAGAGCACUCCAGUACCUCCAUCAGCACCAUUUGGAUGAAGCCAGCUGGUUCCUGAAAGCAGAUGACGACACUUAUGUGGUCGUAGAGAACCUGCGGUACAUCUUAUCCAAACUUGACCCAGAAGAACCGUUGUAUUUGGGUCGGCGGUUUAGCCCUUUCAUCAGUCAAGGCUACAUGAGUGGAGGAGCAGGUUACGUCCUGAGUAAAGAAGCACUGAGGAGAUUUGUAAAAGGUUUUCACACAGGAGACUGUACCCACUUCUCUGAAAUAGAAGACAUGGCUUUGGGUAAAUGUAUGGAGAAAAUGAAGGUGAAGCCAGUAGACACUCGAGACGUGAAGGGCAGGCAAACCUUCCACCCUUAUCCUCUAGACCAUUAUGUUAUACGACAACUACCAAGACGUCGGCCUUGGCAUAUGAUUUAUGACUACUAUACUCCAAUUGAGGGUCCGAAUUGCUGCUCUGACUUUGCUGUAUCUUUUCACUACAUUUAUGCCGUUCAGCAGUACGUGUUGGAGUAUUUUACCUACCAUCUGCGACCAUAUGGAUACACAUAUAGAUUUAGGCCUGAUGAAAGUGUGGAAGUGAACAACAAAACUAACAGAGAAGAGCGAGAAGAUAAGUGAAAUGCAAAGGGAUCAAAAGUGGAGACGAAGAGGAGUGGGAAGAA